GAAUUAGAAUUACUAAAAAAAUUAUUAAUAACAACUUAUUCUGGUAGCUCAACAGAAGAAAUUAAAUUAGCUGAAGAACAACUUAAAUCAGCAUCAAAUAAUACUACUUUUUUAAAUUAUCUUAUACAAAUUAUAAAAGAAAAUAAUUAAAAUAAAUAAUUAGAAUAAGCUACAUCAAAUUAUAUAUAACAUUAUGUUAGAUAAUUAGUAAAUUAAAAAUAAUUUGAUACAUAAAUACUUAAUUAAACUGCAGAAAAACUUGUGCUAACAAUAAGAGAGACAUCUUUAUCUAUUACAUCAAAGUAAAUUAUUGCAAAGGGAUUAGCUAAUCUAAUAUGCUUUGAUAUAAAAAAUGAAUUAAAAAAUUCCUUAUUUGUUUUAUCUGUUACUUGGAUGCAACAAGAUAAUUAAUCCUAAUUAGCAUCAACAUUUAUAAUAUUACAAAGUAUAAUCGGCACAUGUUCUAACGUUGAUCUUUUAGCUCCUUUUUUUACUAAUAUAAUGGCUCCUUUUUGCUAAGUUGGUACUAAACAAUUAACUGAAAUAAGUAAUUCUAUCUAAGCUUUUAACAAUUAAUAAAGUUCUUAAGAGCAAUUAUUAUAAUCUAUAAACACGCUUACAGUCCUUUUGUAAUGGUCAAACUUACUACAUGAAUUAAUUCAUAAAAUAAUGGAUGCCAAAAAACAUGACAUGAUUAAAUAAAUAAUCCAAAAUGAUAUUUUAGCGAAUAUGAUUUGUCAUGGAAUAUGUUUAUCUUUAAAUACUCCUGAAUAAAUAAAAGACUGUUUGAUUUCCACUUCUUCAAUGUUAGCUUUUGAUGAUAAUAUGAAUGAAUUUAAGACUACCUUAGUGAAAACUUUUUCUCGAGUAAUAAAAUAAAUAUUAGGUGAAAGAAGUAAAUAUGGAGAACUUAUAGCUAAAUCUUAAUUUUUAAUACUAUCAAAUUAAAUAUUACCUAUAAUAAUUAAAGGUUUGAUCAUUUUCUGUCAAUAAACUAGAUAAAUAGAUUAAACUUUGGAAAAUAUAAACACUUCUUCUUUAAUAAUCGAAUGCUUAAAAUUAUGUUCUCAUUGCUGCGAAUAGAGUGAAUUCUAUCAAUUAUUUUAAGAAUCAGCGCGUAUAUUAUUACUUGAAGUUAUUUUCCCACUCAUGUGUACUUCUUAAGCUGAAUAAGACACCUUUUUGACUAAUCCAGAAGAAUUUGUUAGAUUUUCAUUAGAUACAUGUGAUAGGUAAUUAUCUUAUACAUAUAAAUGCGCUUCAGCUAAAUUAUUAGAGACUAUUUGUGAUUAUAUUGAUGGAUUUGAAACUAUUGUUUCUUUACUUUUGUUAUAGAUUAUGAGUGCGAGUAUUAGUUGUGAAAAUUUAGAAAGCAUGGAUAGUUAAUUCCCUUCGCUUUCUAUUUUCAAAAGUACAGUAUUCCUUAGUAAGUGUCCUAGGGAGAAAAGAAUUGAAACUUGCUUGAUUGGACUUUCUGUUUUGUCUUACUUGACUCCCAAAAGAUUAGAUAUUGUAGCCUAGAUUGAACUUUUGAUUAAAAAUUAAAUUAAUUUUUUCUUUAAUAAAGAUUUAAAUCCCAUUAUCAAAGCUAGAGUUUGUCUAAUGUUAGGCUAUUAUGCUGAUACAAUAUUCUAAGCUGACACAGAUUCAUAAUAUUAUCUAUAAAUGUUGAACUUUUUAAUAACUUGUUUAUCCCAAUAAGGUGAAGAGAAUCGAGCAAUAGUAUUUUAAGCGAUUGAUUCUUUAUAAAAUAUAUACGAUGAUGACGGUCAAGCAAAUAAAGUCAAACAAAAUAUAAAAGAAGUUUUUUCAACAAUUCUACCUUUAAUAAAAAUCUGCUAAUUUAAUUAAUUUCUAGAAAUUAUUUUCCAUAUAGUAAAACACCAUUCUGAUUUAUUAACUUAAUAAAAUAUAAUUUAAUGUGUAAGAGAACUCACCGAAAGAGUUUUGAUUGAAACUUAAGCUUAUGAAAAUAAAAAAAAUAAAGAUUACUUAUUCAUUAAUAAAUCCUGGAAUAUAAUCCGUCAUAUGUCUGAAAACCCAAAAAUAAUUCCUCAAUAUAUUGAUUCUAUGUUACAUGAAUUAAAACCUUUACUUUAAUAUGUAUAAUAUCCAGAAAAAAUAGAUUUCGAUGAGGAUAUAGUACUUUUGGUUGGGUCUUUUAUUAAACAUUAGAAAAGUGUUCACCCUAUUUGUGGAGAAUUAGCAAAUUUUUUCCCUAAAAUAUUCGAGAAACAAUAAAGAGUAUUUGGAUAGUUAUUUUUUACUUUAAAUAAUUUGAUUGUAUAUGGAAAAGACUAUUUACUUUAGAAUAUUAAUACUCUAUAAGUAGUUGUGGAAAUGUGCUUUAAAGCCCUUUUUUCUCAAAGCAAUAAAUCUAAUGAUGCUGAUAAGGCUGAAGGGGCGACUUUAUUAUAAAUCUUAAUGCAAAAUUUGGGUGAUAGAUUACCUGAAUAAAUAUGGAAAGUCGUUUUUGAGAAUGCUGUGAGAUUCUUUUAAGGUACUGAAAAGUUUAAACACUUUUUUGUUUAUGGAAGAACUGCAGGAAUCUUUUUGUCUGGAUUUGUUUCAAAUGUACAUAUGUGUCAUAAUGUUUUAGUUAAUAUGGGAAUCUUUAAUUAAGUUAUUGAUUUACUGGUUUCUAAGUUGGAGUAUUAUAAAAGAGGUUAUGAUAUUAAAAUUUUUAUUAUAAGUAUGAGUAAAGUUAUUGAGCAAAUAAAUGUAGAAAAUAUUAAAAUCGUUAAAAUUCUUGAUUGUUUAAUUACUUUAUUACAUAAAUAAAAAAAUGAGGAAUUAAAAACUUAAUAAAAAAGGAAAAACAAUGAUGGACAUGAUGAAUGUGAUGAUUUUGAUGACUAAGAUGAUGAAGACGAAGAUGAUGAAGAUGACGAUGAAGAUGAAUUCGAUAAUGACGGGGAUGAUGAAGAAGAUGAAGAAUACCAUAAAGAUGUUAAAAAAGAGGAAAAUAAUUAAGAAUAUGAUAGUUCAGUGGUAAUUUAAAUAUUUUUAAUAUUUUUUAUAUAUUUUUUUUUUUAAAAAAAGAGUUAAGAUAAAGUCAUGCUUAAAGAUUUAAUAUCUUCUGUUGUUCAUGAAGAUGAAUUUAAUUUCUUUAAAAGUUAAAUAUUAAUAAUGAAAUAAAAAAAUUAGGCGGCCUUAUAAUAACUUGUGUCUUAAUUAAAUAAUGAAAAAUAAGAAUUCCUUAAAAGCUUACUUAGUAUUUAACGCGUCAAGGUUGGGGAUGAACAUGUUGUUAGAGUUAUUCGUAAAUAUAAAAGAAAAAAUUAACAAUCUUGAAACUUCUUUAUUCAGUUUUUUACAUAUGUAUAGUUUUUAUUUAAUUUUAUUUUUAAUAUAUAUCGAAUUGUUUUGCUUUUUAAUUUUAAUUGUGUUUU